AUGCCUUUGGAUUACAGUAAAUGGGAUAACCUCGAGUUGUCUGAUGACUCGGAUAUUGAAGUCCACCCCAAUGUCGAUAAGCGCUCUAUGAUCAAAUGGAAACAAGAAGCUAUUCAUCGUGAACGUGCUGAGCGCAAAGCCAAAAUCGAAUAUCUUACACAGUUUGUGCCUCAGCAAGAAAACGUAUUGAAGAAGGUGCAGGAACUCACUAGCAUGCUCAAGAACACCGAGGAUGAUUUGGCUGGCAUUAAGAAGGUGGUUCAGGUGCUUGAUCAGCAACAAACAGAAGCUGAUCCUCAUAUGAAGGUGCCCUCUGCCGGUGGCAAAGAAAUGGAUGUCGCUCAAGUAUUCUCGGCAAUGAAGACUCAAAUCGCUGCUGGUUUAGCAUCCAACACUCCUGCUGAAGUGAAAAAGACACUACUCGAAAGAUUCAACCAGACAGAAGCUACUGUUCAAAAGACGGUUACGGAGGCAUCGCGCGAGUUGGCUAAACUGAACGAAGAGAGCCAAAAGAAGAUGACUAGUGAAAACAUGUUUACAUCAGAGAAAUCAAACAAAACAAUCCUCAAUAAGCCAAAGCCUUUGCCCAAGAAGACCGACAAGAAGACGGAGAAGAAGAAGGUGGUAGAGACCUUGAAUCCCAACUCGACCAUGAAGGAUUUGACCCUACACGAUACCAGCAACGAUGCCGACAACGAGGGCGAUGAUGAUGAGGAAGAGGAGGAUAUUGAGAUGUCACCCGAAGCUACAAGGUUCUCCAAGAUCAAAGGGUUCGAAGACAGUUACACAUAUCUUAAAAAUCAUCCCAGCAUUAUCAACGAGAAGAGCUCUGAUUCUAUCCUGGGCCAAGCUUUCACUGCACAACUCAAGGGCGACGAAGCCUACGCUAAAAACUGUGUCAUUCAAUCUUUGAUGAUCCAAUACUGCGGUCAAUUAGGGAAGGAUGGUGUCAGCCUUUUCUUUUCUCGCAUGAGCGCACCCAAUACCCAAGGCCGCAAGAUGUUCUUUGAUGAUGUCGAAAAGACAUACUCUCGUAUUCAAACUCGUUGUGCCGAAAUUGCAGCUGAAGAAGUAACAGAGGACAAUGGCGUCGAGACAAUCCAGCUUCAACCCAUGGGCGAUGGCACUCAAUUGACCAUUCGUGUGCCAGAGCCUGAGCAUGUCGAAGCCUACAAAGUGUUUACUGCCAUGCCUCCCAAAUUCCAAGAUGCGCUCAAGACAAAAAAGUUGGACGAGAUCAACAAGGUGCUGGAGAAGAUUGCUGUACCUGAAGCCGAGCAAUUAGUGCAAUUGUGCUCUGAAUAUGGGUUUUUGGAUGUCGAAGGCGAGGUGAUUGACGAAACUCAACAGCAAAAGCAAUGA